AUGUUCCGACAAACCGCUGUUCUCGCGCUCGCGCUCCUUCCUUUCUCCUUGGGCCAAGUCUCAGAAAGCUUUGAGAGUGGGCUGGACGCGACCGCAUGGCCCACAUAUGCGCCUGAUUGCAACCAGGGGGGUAAAGUCACGCUUGACAGCUCCACGGCUCAUACUGGCAAGAACUCUGUGAGGGUUGAUGGUGCGGGUGGCUUUUGUGGACAUAUCUUCUUCGGCACGACGAAGAUUCCCAGCGGAGACGUUUACGUCAGAACUUAUCUAAAAGCCUCGAAAGCCCUCACCGACUCUCACGUCACUUUCAUCACGAUGCCAGACUCCGCUCAGGGCGCCAAAAAGCAUCUCCGCAUUGGAGGUCAGAGCAAAAUCUUAAUGUACAACCGCGAGACCGACGACGCUACGUUGCCCGAUCUAUCCCCACAAGGCAUUGCCGCUUCCAAAGCGCUUCCCGCUGGCUCCUGGCAAUGCUUCGAGUAUCACCUGGGCACCGACGGCACAGUUGAGACGUGGUUGAACAAUGCGACUAUCGAUGGUCUUACUGUAAAAGCGGGUACGACCAAUAGCAAUGCGGGACAGUGGCAGAGAGGCACUUCCAAACCGAAGAUUACUGCUGUUUAUUUUGGAUGGGAGUCGUAUGGCGGAGAUACGAAUACCUUCUGGUAUGAUGAUGUUGUUGUUAGCUCCAGUCGUGUUGGAUGUUGA